AUGACUGAUGCUAGCUCUCCUCAAAUACAAACGGUUGAAAUUCCCGGUUACAAAAUUAUUAUCAUCCCCACAUCCUCUCCAUUAGCAAGUUCAUCAAAUUUAGACAUGAAACAUCAACUACAGCAAGGCAAUAUUUCUUUAGAUUAUUCUUCUUAUUCGGUUAAUUCACAACUACAAUUAAAUCGAGAUCAACACUAUGUUCCUAAUGCAG